CGCGUUUGUCCCAUGCGUUAUGGAUGAUUUCGCAAUCGACAUACAGAAUUGAGGUAAACAACAGAGGAAAAUUUGUUAUCCACACGAAAAUUAUCUCGAAUCACGAUUCAAUACGUCAUCGAUAGACAUUAUUAUUAUCACACCGUAUUAACGGUGGAAGAGGCGUACGUGUUCCAUUCAGAACAAUUGUAAAUAAACCGUCAGUUUGUAAUCAAAUUUACGACAGUAGUAAGCCCACUGCAAGCAUAAAAGUGCGGCACUUAUUUCAGCUACGGCACAGUAUUUAUCAGCAGCUACUUCGUGAAACCGCAUCGGAAAGCAGAGCAAAUUUUGUUUUUUUUUUCUAACUUUGAAAUACUAUUUAUUAUUAAAGUCAUUCCACUCAAGAAAAACACCAUGGUCCAUCAAUUUAAUAGCCGAGAUGACACGAUCAGAGUGCCAAAACAUCUGCAAGGCUCGCAGGACGUCCGUGUCAUUUUGGCCGAAUUCAUCCUGAACUUUGAUUUUCCACGUGAUUUUUAUUCCAUUUUGAUUACCGGCCUCCUCAUCUAUCUAACAUUGAAAUUGUUCCGGUUCUCCAUUCAUUUGCUCAUUUCGCUGAUUCGGCCCAUCAUUUUUGUUGCCUUGACUUUGAUCGCAUUGCCAUAUCUUUACGAGAUGAAAAGCGGUGUGGCUUCAAAUCGCGUGGUAUCCAAUGUGUCUGCAGCCACAGAAGGUGUAUUCCAGAGCAUCUAUGAAACAUUAAAUUCCAUCUACAUGCACACAAUCCAAUUCUAUGCGAAGAACUUUUAAUUUAAUAUCAAAUUCCAGUAUUAGUUAAAAUGUCUCAAAAUUUCUACCGCCAUAAGUCAUUGUCAUAAGUGAAAUCAUCAUCAAGAUGAUCAUUGUAAACAAAAUGUGUCGAUAGUAUCCAAAUCUUGUCAAAAGUUACCAAAUAAAUGUUUUCAUAAAAAAGAUAUUUUCAUUUGAUAAU